UCUGUUUAAUUGGGGUUGAUUGCAAUCUAAGAGGCUUCUGGAUACACCACAUUGUCCAUUCCAUCACCAUUGCAAACUCUUGUGCACCCCCUGGUGCUUGCUUGUCUCCAAAACUUCUUUGUGUUGCCUGCUUUGCAGAUUGUCUUCCUUGUCUCUGGUUGCUCAUUAUUCAGAGAGAGGAUCUCAGGUCAUCUGCAGCUGCAGCAAAGGAGAAGCAGGAAAGAUGGCGAUCACCCUGUAGACCGGGCACACGCAUGAGACACAAAACAACUUUUGUAAGAUAGCUUUUUCUGGACAAACCAGUAAGUAAAACGUGAAACCAAAACGUUAAGAUCUCGGCUUUGUUAAUGAUCCAUUUAAGCAAGACGUUGUGCAAUCUGGACAGCGUCUGUGUAAUCAGCUGGAAGAAGCUGAAGGUUUUUUUUUUUUUUAGUUUAGGACCAGUCGUGAAGACUUGGAUCACUGAACGAGAGGGAGAGCGAGCGAGCGAGCGAGAGAGAGAGAGAGAGAGAGAGAAAAGAAAGCUUCUCCGUUCUGGCACUCAGACACGUAGAGCCAGCCAGAUCGUGACCUCUUUAUUUUUUCAACCACCCCUUUAUUUGUACAUUCUUUUGGAGAUCGGGACACGGAAUUGGACCUCCCUAGAGCUUGAGUUUGCGAUCUGAUCCCCAGGAGGGUUUAUUUAGGUAGGUCUGAUCACGGAAUGUCUUGUUUUCUUGUUAGCUAGAUUGGAAAGAGAAGCCAUUGCACGCUUAGCUCUCUUCUCCCAGCGCCAGUCAGAGCUGAGCCUCCAUUAACGACAGCCUGCUUCUGGUCCAAGUCCAGACUUACUCAAUUAAAAGCUCUGUCCAGGUUUUUGCAGCUCGCGUUGGACCACCUUACUCUGUUAAAACCAUAAAGGCUGGAUUUUUUUAACGUGCUUGUCUGGAAGCUCCCCGUUUUCUGGGGGAGUGGGGGAGGUGGGGUGGUCUUGAACUGCAGUUGGUUUCUUUUUAUUCUGCUGCUGGCUGGGGUUUGGAUGUUUGUGCUGCCAGAGCUAAAGUCAGGUUUACCUGAGUUUACAAGGGGUCCAUGAUAAUGGAGGUGCUACAGUGUGAUGGCUGUGAUUUCCGUGCAGAAACGUACGAUGACCUCAAGGCACACAUUCAGGAUGUUCACACAGCUUUCCUGCAGCCGACAGCAGUCGGGGAGGGGAAUUCCAGUCAGCCUGGAUCUGACACUUUAAAUGCUCACAGCCCUAAUGAUGGUGAUGGUGAUGAUGAUGAUGGUGAUGAUGAUGAUGAUGAUGAGGAGGAGGAGAUGUCUGGUUUGAAGGACGAGUGUGGAACCUCAAAUGAAGGAGAAGGUCUUCACCCAUAUCAGUCCAGCUCGAGGCAUUUUACCACUUCUAACCAAAUGUUCAACCAACCAGUUAACCAUACUUCGAAGUCUGUAAGCCAGUUUUUCCAGUGCAAGUUCUGUGUGCGCUAUUUCAGGUCGAAAAACCUUCUCAAUGAGCAUACACGUAAGGUCCACGGUUAUAUUGGAGGCCCAUUGCUAGGUGGCGGGAGUGCCCCAGUUUCACCAGCUCCUAAGCAUUCUAACUACAGUGUUUUAAUGCAUGAUGGCUUUGGGAAGGUUUUCUCCUGCCAGUAUUGUACCUACAAGUCUCCACGACGGGCUAGGAUUCUAAAACAUCAAAAGAUGUACCACAAAACAAACCUGUUAGAAGCACCCUUGCCUGCUCCUGAACCCAUAUCUGAAUCCUCCUCCUCUCUAGUGAUACCUGGGCAAGAAUCCUGCAGCGAUUUGCCAGAGGAAGUUGUUGAGCGCAGCAUUCUGGAGUCGAUGGUCAAGCCAUUGACCAAAUCUAGGGGAAACUUCUCUUGUGAGUGGUGUGGCUACCAGACCCUGCGCAGAGAACGGUGGUGUGACCAUAUGAUGAAGAAGCACCGCAACAUGGUGAAGAUUAUUUCUUCACUUAGCCAGCAACAAGAAGGGAUUAAUGUGGGCCCUUCCAAGCCAGACUCUUCUGCCUCACAUAGGAGCACUCCCAACUCGAGCUUCAUGCCCAAAAAUGUAGGUGGCAAUGAAGGGUCUUCCAUUAGUGUCAGGGGUAGUUCAAUUUUACGGUCCCCUCCUGCCCCGGCAAGCAAGUUUGCUCCUUUUCAGCAUUCACAGAUGAAAUCUAAAACCUCUGCCAGUACUGGUGCCUCACUCUUAUCAGAAAGAUCAUCCUUUGGGAUGUCUGAUUUGUCCAACUCUGGUAUGGAUAUGGAAACCAAUAGCAUGCUCAACGAUUCCAGAAGUAGCUCUGAUGAGGAACUGGGGGACAUGGAUGGCCCAAACCAUUCAAACUCUUUGUCAUCAGAAGUUUCCGGCAAGCAGCUGUUGUCCGAAGAGGAUAACAAAAUGUUGGAAACUAAAGGAAUACCAUUUAGAAGAUACAUGAACAGAUUUCAGUGCCCUUUUUGCUCUUUUCUUACCAUGCAUCGUCGGAGUAUCUCUCGUCAUAUAGAGAACAUCCAUCUGUCUGGCAAGACCACUGUGUACAAGUGUGACGAAUGCCCAUUCAUUUGCACCAGUCCGCUAAAGUUGGGCACUCACAAGCAAUGUCAUGUGGGAACAUCUUCAGAGUGGGAGACCAUGAACUUACAGAAUGAAAGCCUAAACUCUCUAAAUGAAAGUGUGGAGCCCAUGAACGGAGGAAACAUGAACUCCAAAGUGAAUGGUAAAAAGUCAGGAAUACUGGUAGAGCUAAGCCAGGCAAAUCCUCACAGAUGUUCCUUGUGCAACUUCUCAACAACCACCUUGAAAGGUCUUCGUGUUCAUCAGCAACAUAAACAUUCAUACUGUGACAAUCUGCAAGUGCCGAAUUACGAGGGGCUGUCCAAUGAGCAACAGGACUCAGAGCCAGAGACAUAUAGUUCUCCAACGUAUGUGCAGAAAACUCAGACCUCAAUACUAGGCUUCUCUUCCAAAAAGCACUUAGUAACAAAGAAUGCCAGGAAGUCGAUCAAUGACUUGCCUUUAGAUCUGUCGCCUGUCAAAAAAAGAACCAGAAUUGAUGAAAUUGCCAACAAUCUGCAGAGCAAGAUCAGCCAAAACAAGCAGCAGGUGGACUCCGUGAUUAACCUGGAGGAUAUUGAUGAUGAGGAAGAGGAUGAUGAGAAUGAAGUAGAAAUUGAAAUGGAUGAAGAGAAGGAAGAAACAGAAGCUGAGCAGUUGAUGAAAAAUCAGCCAUACAGGUAUCCUAGACACCGGAUAUAUGUUAGAGAAUCAGAUGACUCCCAAAAUGAUGACACUUAUGGUUCUGAUUUAUCAAAAUAUGGUUCCAGUAAUAUGCCACCUAUUGAACUGACCGUGUCAGAUGAAGAGGAUAAUGAUGAUGAUUAUGGUGCUCCUCCAGAGUCCAAAGAACCACACGAAGAGGGUGACCAAGAUAGUAGAGACGCUUAUCAGGAGACCCUUGACUAUAAUGAGGACUCUGGAUCUCUGUUUUACUGCAAACACUGUGAUUACAGCAACAAGUCUGCCCGCAGUGUUAGCACCCACUACCAGCGAAUGCACCCUUACAUAAAAUUUAGUUUCAGGUACAUUCUGGAUCCAAAUGAUCAUAGUGCUGUGUACCGUUGCCUAGAGUGCUAUGUAGAAUAUACAACUUUUGAUGAUCUUAAUCAGCACUAUGGUGAACAUCAUCCUGAAGCCAUUAACGUCCUAAACUUCAACCAGCCUGAUCUGAUCUACAGGUGUCGCUUCUGUCUGUACACCAGCCCAAAUGUUCGAAGCCUGAUGCCACAUUACCAAAGAAUGCACCCCACAGUGAAGAUUAACAAUGCAAUGAUCUUUUCAAGCUAUGUGGUUGAUCAACCUCAGCAGAUGACUGGCGAGUCCCAAACUUUACGAGAAAUCUUAAACUCUGGCCCUAAAAGCUUUGGAACAUCCACACCAGUACCCCGUAGUGCAUCCCAGUCAAGUCCUGUAAGCAAAAGCAUCCCAAAGACAGAAUCUAGUCUAGAUGCAGAAUCUCAAAAAGACGCCACAGUAAAUAAUGUAGUAGUCUAUGACUGUGAUAUCUGCUCAUUUGCCAGCCCUAACAUGCACUCCGUCUUGGUGCACUACCAGAAGAAGCACCCAGAGCAAAAAGCUUCCUAUUUCCGGAUCCAGAAAACCAUGCGUGUAGUGUCUGUAGAUCAUACCCAAACAAAUUCCAACCCAGCCUUUGACGUAAGCACACCCUCCCCUCCAAAGAUAGCUAAUACACCUUCAAUAGAUGUGAACAAAGAAGAAAUGUACUACUGCAAACAUUGUGUGUACAGUAACCGAUCAGUUGUGGGUGUGCUUGUUCAUUAUCAAAAGAGGCACCCAGAAAUAAAAGUCACAGCAAAAUACAUUAAGCAUGCUCCUCCUACCCCCGGUCUGUUGAAGCUUAUGGAUGAGCUGCAAAUUGCACCACCAAAACAGUUUCUGCAGCAGUUUAACAGUGGAUUAGAAGGGUCUAGUUUUUCCCAACAUCAACCUGGUGGAAAUAAGGGAGAAGGAGAGAUGCUGUUCUUCUGCCAGCAUUGCGACUAUGGGAACCGUACAGUAAAAGGAGUGCUGAUUCACUAUCAGAAGAAGCACAGAGACGUGAAAGCAAAUGCCGACCUUGUGCGCAGACAUACAGCAGUGGUCCGCAGCCAGCGUGAGCGUGCUCAGAUGAGCCAGUCUGGGAGUGUGUCGGCCCCAGCCACCAGUUCGGAAAAUGAGAAAAGCAAGCUCUUAAGGUCAUUGAAAUGCAGGCACUGCCCCUAUAUAUCUCCAUAUGUUUAUGCUCUGAAGAAGCAUCUCAAGAAAGACCACCCCACUGUAAAGGCAACAGCUAUGACCAUUUUACAUUGGGCAUAUCAAGAUGGUGUCCUAGAGGCAGGAUAUCACUGUGAGUGGUGUAUCUAUUCUCAUUCCGAACCAAAUGGAUUGCUUAUGCAUUACCAAAGACGACACCCAGAACACAAUGUUGACUACACUUACAUGGCCACAAAACUUUGGGCAGGUCCAGAGACUUCAACUUCCCAGCAGGUGGCAACUCCAGAAACCAAGCACUACCAAUGCAGAGAUUGUGCCUUUGAGGCUUGUUCAAUCUGGGAUAUCACCAAUCACUAUCAAGCUGUUCACCCAUGGGCUGUCAGUGGAGAUGAAUCAGUGUUAUUGGACAUCAUCAAAGGCAAUAUUUCCUCUGAGCAGCAAAAGACACAAACCUCAAAGCCAGAGGUCCAAGUCCCAGAGGCCAGACAGUUUAACAGGCAACCUUCUGAGCAAGAUGAAGAGCCUUUGGAAAUUUCAGUGGGCUCUCCUGAAAUGGCCUCCCAGAUUUCUUAUGCUAGCACUUCAGUGUCUAGCAAUCCAUAUCAAUGUACUGUCUGCUUGUCUGAAUACAAUAGCUUGCAUGGCCUCCUUACUCACUAUGGCAAAAAGCAUCCAGGCAUGAAAGUUAAAGCGGCUGAUUUUGCACAGGAAACAGACAUAAACCCCAGUUCUGUUUACAAGUGCAGGCACUGUCCAUAUGUGAACUCCCGCAUCCAUGGUGUACUCACACACUACCAGAAACGCCACCCCCUAGUAAAGGUCACCGCUGAAGAUUUUGCAGAUGAUGUUGAGGAGGUAAUAGAGCUAAACGAAGGAGAUGAAAAGUGUAAAUCACAAAGGCAGGGGUAUGGUGCCUAUAGGUGCAAGAUGUGCCCGUAUACCCACGGAACCUUGGAGAAGCUGAAAAUCCACUAUGAAAAGUACCACAAUCAACCUGCAUCUGCGAUGUUCAAGACAUCAGCAACAAGUUUUGCUCUAGCUAAAGAAGGACCACUGUCUGAAAACAGUUCAGAAAAUGUGGUGGGGGUGCAGGAGGUGGGUGUGUUUGUUCCAGCUCUUUCCCAGUUCGCUGGUGACAAAGCUGAGACUCACACUGUCUUCAGAUGCCAGCUUUGUAAAUACUUCUGCUCCACCCGAAAGGGCAUAGCUCGCCAUUACCGCAUCAAGCACAACAAUGUCCGAGCUCAGCCUGAGGGCAAAAACAAUGUCUUCAAGUGUGCUUUGUGCUCCUAUACCAACCCCAUCCGCAAAGGGCUGGCUGCGCAUUACCAGAAGCGACAUGACAUCGAUGCAUACUACACCCACUGCCUGGCAGCCUCCAAAUCCGUCGGUGAGAGGCCGAGCAAAAUAGUUGUACCUGUGGCUUCACCACCCGAAAGCCCGGCCUUGAGUGAGGAACUGAGAAUAGCGGUUGAGAAGAGAAGAUGCUCUCUAUGCCCUUUCCAGGCUUUUAGUAAAAAAAGCAUUGUUUCGCAUUACAUCAAACGACAUCCAGGGGUCUUCCCGAAGAGGCAACACUCCAGCAAACUGGGACGUUACUUCACCGUGGUCUACGCCAAGGAACCAGGAAAAAAAAUUGAGGUUGAGGAAAAAACAUUUCCCGAGCAGGCAGAGACGGACCAAGAGAAGGACGCUGAGUGGCUCCCCUAUAAAUGCAUUAAAUGCUUUAAGCUGUCCUUCAACACAGCUGAACUACUCUGCAUGCACUACACAGACCACCACAGCAAGGAUCUAAAACGAGACUUCACAACCAUCCCCAGCAACACGAGCACCAGUAACCAGAGCUUCCAGUGUGCCCACUGUGACGCCAAGCUCUUAAGCAUAGCUGAGCUCAGCACCCACUUGACCAAUCACAAUGAAGAGUUCCAGAAGCGAGCUAAAAGACAGGAGAGGAGGAAGCAGCUCCAGAGCAGACAGAAAGGAAUGGAACCAGUAGAAAGCAAACCAGAGAAGCCUGACAACCAAGCCAAUAACUCCCCCAUUGGCUACAGAUGCAACUUCUGUAUUGAGGUUCAUCCCACCCUGAGAGCAAUUUGCAACCACCUCCGAAAGCAUGUCCAGUAUGGAGAAGUCAAAGCUGGGCAUGUAAAGCAGGAAGUGAGUGAAGCCCCUAUCACUCCUGCAGAGGAAGCAGUGGCCAAUGAGAGUCCAGCAGAGGCAGGGCCUGCAGAGGAAGUCCUGGCAGGUUCUACAGAAGCCCCUGUUGCUGUGCAGAAGGAAAAUGUGGAAAUGGUUCAAAUGGAGGCUGAAGAAGCCACUGAGCCUCAGGAGAGGCCCGCUGGCGGGCAUGCCUGCACACAGUGUGAUCGUGUCUUCAUGUCCAUGCAAGGCCUGCGCUCCCACGAGAGGAGCCACUCUGCACUCGCCAUGUUCACCCGAGAGGACAAAUACAGCUGUCAAUACUGCCAAUUUGUGUCAGCUUUCAGGCACAACUUGGAUCGUCAUGUUCAGUCUCACCACGCUCAGCACAAGCCGUUUCGCUGCAAACUUUGCUCAUUCAAAUCUGCCUAUAUGGGUCGCCUGAAGAGCCACUUCCAUAAAGUUCAUGCAGCAGGUGAGCACACUUACAAGUGUUCCUCAUGCUCCUUCUCCUCCAUGACGAUCAGCCAGCUCAAGGAACACUCUCAGAAGGACCAUGGGGAAGCCCUCACUCUGACCAAGAUGCGUGCCGCCAACCAGUCUGCUUUCAGAGCCCAGAAACCACUCCAGGCGACUGGGCAAACAUUAGAAAUCAACGAAUCUGAUGACUGUUCCUACUCUGAACCUCCGGAUGUACAGCAGCAACUGAGUCAUUACCAGCAAGCCGUCCGCAAUAACAGCAGUGCCAGCCCCACGCCUCGGCCUAGCGCUGUAACCGAAGUCAAACCAGAAGGUCUCCUCACCUGCGAGUUUUGCGAUUUCAGCUCGGGCUACAUGCAGAGCCUCCGUCGCCACUACCGUGACAGGCAUGGUGGGAAGAAGCUGUUCAAGUGUAAAGACUGUUCCUUCUUUACGUGUUACAAGUCUGCAUUCACAAUGCAUGUGGAAGCGGGCCACACAGCCACCCCUGAGGAGGGCCCCAAAGACCUGCACUGCCCACUCUGUCUCUACCACACCAAAUACAAGAGCAAUAUGAUUGACCAUAUUGUCCUGCACAGGGAGGAGCGAGUGGUCCCGAUCGAGGUGUGCCGCUCCAAGCUGUCAAAGCACCUGCAGGGGAUUGUGUUUCGCUGCGACAAGUGCACCUUCACCUGUUCCAGCGACGAGAGCCUGCAGCAGCACAUUGAGAAGCACAACGAGCUCAAGCCUUACAAGUGCCAGCUCUGCUAUUACGAUAGCAAAGAACGGGAGGAGCUUGAGAGGCACCUGCAUGAGGAGCACAAGGUGACCCGUAACUUUGAGCUGGUAGGCCGAAUUAACCUGGACCAGCUUGAGUCAAUUAAAGAAAAGGUGGAGAGCUUAACCAGCGAAGAUGAGGAAGAGGAGGAGGUAGAGGAGGAAGAGAAAGAAGAAGAGGAGGAGGUAGAGGAGGAAGAGAAAGAAGAAGAGGAGGAGGAGGAUGAGGAUGAGGAUGGGGAGGAAAGUGAGAAGAGUGAGAUAAAAGAUGCGCCAGGCUCUCCCGGAAGUGGAGCAUCUGUUUACAUUGAAAAGCGAUUUCCUUGUGAAUUCUGCGGCCGCACGUUUGAACGUUCCUCUGAGUGGGAACGCCAUGUUCUAAGGCAUGGCAUGGCUGUGAAAAACAACAAGAAGGAGGUCACAAGUGUUUUUCAGACAGUGGAAGUUGAAAUGAAGACAAGCAGGGCAGCACCUGUGGCAACAGAAGAUAAAGGUGAAGAGGAUUUAAACAUUCCUAUGGAAGCUGAAAAUCACCAGGCUGAGCUCUCAAACAAUAACGUAAAGGACAACGGGAAGCCAGAGACCAAAAAUUAUACUUAAUAGGAAACGUAGUAGCUUUGAAAUUUUACUUGAAAAAAUUGAAACCAACCAAGGCUGCUUUACAUACAUUUUUCUUAACCUUUGGAGCACUGUUGGAUAACUGUUCUCAGUUUUCAGUUAUGCAUUGAAAAAAAUCUUUGAGCUGUGUUACAUCCUACUUGUACUGGUAUCAUAUUUUAAAAUCGCAGAACCUUAAAAAUGUGUGAUUUGGUCCGUAGGACAGAUACUAAUAUAUUGGUAACCAAUAGUAAAUGGUACAGAAAUGUCAUUAAGGUCCAAUCUGAAAACAGACUUCUAAUGUGUGUUUGGAAUACAGAAAUGUAGACACUUGUAUACUCAUGAAAUAUUCAUGAAUCAUGAACAAAUAUGAGGAUAGUGAUUUCUUUUUUUUAUUUAUUUCUUUUUUUAAAUCCAAAAAAUAUUAAUUAUAUACCAGGUUUUGAGUUUUAAAUUAUCACUCCAUUAAUGAAUAGUAAGCAUGCUAUUUAUUUGCCAGAUGAUUCGGUAGAUUCUUUACUUAUACAGUAUAUGACUAGAAUAUCUACAGUUUAAUAAUAAAAUUGCAAUUUUGCCCUGAUGUUUAAAAGCACAGCAGGCUCCUUUAACUGAUUUGUAAGGAUUUGACCUUAACGAUGAAUAGUUAUUUUAUUUGUGUUACUUUGAGUAGUUACUUCAGUGUUAAUCUCAAAGAGCAAAUAAAUAUAGGAGAUAUCUGUAUAUGUUUUAUAUUUAAUUUAAAUGCAUUAGCAGUUUCCAAAAUGUGUGUAGCAAAUUGCUACGUUAUUCUCGGUUUGUCUUCUUGUAUCCCCCAGCUUUGUUUUAGUUGAUGCACCACCAUUGUUUCAAACACAACAUUGUCAUUACUGAAAGCCAAUUCUAUCCCCCACUCGCUGGGAAGUAAGAUUGUAAUGAAAGUCUUCUGUGAUAGAAAGGGAUAGCUUGAACAUGGCACCUUGAUUUAACCAUGAACAGUUUUCGCCUCUGUAGCUGACGAAACCACUUGGUUCAUUGUUGUCCGUUAGGUGUUAAUGUAAAAAAAGGCAGCCAUUUUCUUACAGCUGCUCUCUUUAGCACAUGAUAGCCUUUAUGAUUUUACCUCAGAACUAAAAAAAUGUAAGUUCUUCCCUUUAGUGUUUAUAUAUAUAUAUAUAUAUAAUAUAUAUAUAUAUAUAUAUAUAUAUAUAUAUAUAUAUAUAUAUAUAUAUAAAAAAUCAGAAACUAGGAGUGAACACAAUGAAUGCCCGUAUAAGUUUCAUAUUUCAUGAAAGCAACCAAUUACAAAAAAAAAGUCUUUAACAAACAGGAAAGGGUGAUAAUACUAAAUAUUGCUGGAGAAGGAGUGUUUGCACUGGAUGGUUGUGCAUAAAAUAGCAUUUGUAAAAAAUGCCUCAAGCUGAAUUUGUUGGUGUCUUUUGAAAAUAAUAAUAAUCUUGUGGUGAUUUUUUUUGUUUGUUUUAUUAAAAGUCUUUAAAGGAAAUGUAUGUUUCGCUUCUGACGCUUUGACUAAUGUGAAAAUGAGCAGUGUCUGUAAAAGAUUGCUGCUCAAACCCCUGAAGCCUUAUUAGAACGUAAUAAUAAUUGUUGUGAAAUCUUUUUUGGCACUUAAUUAAAGAGCUUACCAACACCAGUAGUACUAAUAAGCAAAAGUGAAAGAUAAUAUCACCAAAAGCCAUGAUUAUUAUACAGAUACUUUUAACUCCAGAUACCAUUUUACCACUGGGCCUUAAGAAGUGAAAAUGCUUUCAAACCCUGACCAUUCCUUCAACAUUGAAAGAUGUGACUAGGCCUAUAUAAAUAAAAAAUCAGAAAAACUAUUUUAAGCUUUGAAAUUGAUAACACACUGGAAACUUGUAUAUAUUUGCUGUUUUUUUGUUUUGUUAUAUAUAAUAUAUAUAUAUAUAUAUAAUAUAUAUAUAUAUAUAUAUAUAUAUUUAGGACUUAACCAUAGUUUGAUAUAGCUUUUCCAUCAGGGAUUUCCUUUCCUGUGAAAUGAAUUCCUGAAGGUGAAUUGUGACAGUUACCUAGAAUGGAUUAUGCUUUUCUUCCAUUUAUUUCUGGAUACUCUGUAAAUAAUGUAAUUCUUUUUUUUUAUUAACUUGUUAAUAAAGUUAUCACAUACCAGAUAACAUUAUUCUGAUGAAAAGACCAGUGUUUGUUUUUAUACAGUGUAUGAUAGAGAGAGCAGGGGGUAUUCGAAAUGGACAGAACACACUCAGCAGGAAAAGUAAAUGCAAGAUUUAUUGUACAGGGAGGCUAUUAAACUUCGCCAAGAAAGCUCA